AUGCCUCAUGGUCGAUUAGAGAACGAGGAGGAUCCGUUGCUACCAGAAGACCAGUGCAGCGAUGGCCAUGACCAUGACCACGAGCACGGCACGACCCGGAAGUCUAAGUCAUUUCGUGAUCCUUCGUCAGCAUGGAUAAUCCUAUUCUGGGGCAUGUUCGCCAUGAGUGGCGGCACCUUCGUGGUCCCCGAAUUCAACGCCAGCCUAGCCCUAGUCUGCCACCAGCGAUACGCGCCCAGCAAUUCCCGACCAGACCUCUCACUCAUGGAAGAACUCGAGCUUUGCCUAGGUGAUAAAAACGCACAAGCAGAUAUCUCCCGACUAAUCGUCUAUUGCCAAUUCACGGCGGGAAUUCUCUCAGCCAUCACUGCCCCAAUCCUGGGGUCUCUCUCCGAUCGCGUCGGGCGUAAACCAAUUCUAGCCCUUAGUACGACGGGUAUCCUCCUCUACAAUGCCGUGAUGCUUCUUAUCUUGCGAUACCCGGAUGCGAUCGAUGUACGCUGGAUACUAGUCGGGUAUGCACUUGAAGGGCUAGGUGGCACGUAUAUCACGGCUAUCGCGGCGUCACAGGCGUACAUCACCGAUUUAUCGAGUCCGCGUGAACGUGCCACGCUAUUCAGCUAUAUCCAAGCAUGUACAUCGCUCGCACAGGCGGCUGGUCCGUUAAUUGCGGGUAUCCUGAUUGCGUGGAUAAAUUCCUUCGAAGGCGUGUACUGGAUUUCUUUCGCCUGUUACCUCCUUCUAACAAUCCUUGCCAUAUUCGUCUUACCCGAGUCGCGCUGGGCGCGAUCGAAUGACGAAACGAGGAUAAACCUCGACAACUCACGUACACGGGAAAAUCCUUUACAACAAGUUUACUCCUCGUGCAAGUCACUCUGGGAAUGCAGUGUGAACCGGCGCGCCAAUCUAGUUAUUCUAGCGAUUAUCGAACAAUUCGUCUUUGGCGUCAUGACCUGCCUCCCACCGCUGCAGAUGGCGUACUCGUCAUAUCUAUUCCAUUGGAGACCCACGACACAGAGCUUUUACAUGGCGCUCGUCAAUACGUGGAGUAUCCUAGUGCUGGUCGUCCUUUUCCCGGUGAUCAUGUCCGUUGUUCGUCGACAGAUUCGUCGAAAACGGAACCGCACACACUCAACCGUGUUCAAUACUGGCGAACUCGGUGCUAUUCGCACUAGUCUGAGCCUGCAGAUUCUCGGGUAUGCGGGUGUAGCUCUGACGCGGUCUCCGGUGUGGUUCAUCUUCUGCUCGUUGAUCUUUGCGUGCGGGAAUCCGGUUACGCCGUUGUUGACGUCGAGUUUGACGGCGCAUGUGCCGAGUGAGCAUUCGGGGCAUUUGUUGGGGAUGUUGAGCUUUAUGCAUGCGAUUGGGAGGAUCACGAUUCCUACGGCGUUGAAUGCGACGUAUAGCGUUACUAUUGGGGUUUUCCCACAGGCGUUGUUUGUGCUCUUGGCGGGCUCGGUUUCGAUCCUUUUGCUGGCGAGUUUGUGUGUCAAGCACCAUGGUUUGGGCUCGCGAUAG